AUGGAUGAAACUAGUCGACAACCGGUCGGAGUAUCAGAUAAACCAAAGAUUGCUAACGAAAAUGAUAUCAACAUUCAAAGUGCUGUCAUAACGGAGGCCGCGGCGAUGAGCGUAGAAAAUAACGUUUCCGAAGUUAAAGCGACUGCAGCGGCUGGGGUUGAAGUCACCGACGGAUCUGAUGAGAAAAAAAGCGUGGUAGCUCAAGAAUCUCCUCCUCCUACCACGGUUCCAGUGGCCCCGGCUGCUGCGCGGUCAAAUGUGGGGAAAUAUAAACUUGUUAGGACGAUUGGCAAAGGAAAUUUCGCUAAAGUGAAGCUGGCUAUCCACAUGGCCACGGGCGUUGAAGUGGCGAUCAAAAUUAUUAAUAAAAAAGGACUAGACUGGGCAGCGCACGAACGACUCAAACGGGAAGUCCAAAUCCUGCAAAUGCUUGACCAUCCAAACAUAGUCAGAUUGCUGGAAAUAAUUGAGAACGAUGAGGUUAUUUGCCUGGUUCAAGAAUAUGCAAACGGUGGUGAGAUAUUUGACUACUUGGUUGCUCAUGGCAAAAUGCGGGAACGGGAGGCAAGAGCCAAGUUCCGACAGCUCGUAUCGGCUAUACAUUACUGUCACUCAAAAAAUAUCGUUCAUCGGGAUCUGAAGGCGGAAAAUAUUUUACUGGAUUCUAAUCUUAACGUGAAAGUGGCCGAUUUUGGUCUCGCGAAUACUUUCAGACCAGACGAAAAGCUGUCCACCUUCUGCGGAAGUCCUCCAUAUGCCGCUCCUGAAUUGUUUUUGGGUAUCCGAUACUAUGGGCCUGGAGUGGACAUCUGGUCGCUUGGCGUAAUCCUCUUCACUCUCGUAGUGGGACACCUUCCAUUUGAUGCUACCGACUUGGGCGAGCUUCGAACCAAAAUUCUCACCGUGCAGUAUCGCCUUAAUCGAGGCGAAGUAUCCCACGAUUUGGAAAUACUUCUUAAAAAGAUGUUAGUUCUGGAUCCGCGCGACCGGUAUGCGCUGCAUUCAAUGAGUUUGUGCCAACAUGGCUUGUUUCUGAUAGACCCUCCUUUUACUUCCCAAAAGGUUCUGAUGAACGAUCGUUGGGUAAAUACGGGCUACGAGGACUGCCCAAUGAAACCUUACGCAGAACCUCCCUCACGGCAUCUGGACAGCGUUUACGUGCAACAAAUGCUGCGACUCGGCUUCACAGAGGUUGAUUUGAUGAACUCUGUGGUUUCCAAGGCCUUCGAUCACGUUUACGCGACCUAUGCACUGUUGCCGGAAAUGAUGCGGAAAAUCUCAGAGUGCGUGCUGACCCCAAAAAAUUUAUUUAUUCAUUUGUUUUAA